AUGGAAGCAAUAGAUGUAAUAAAAGCAGUAGAAGCAAUAGAAGCAGUAGAAGCAAUAGAAGCAAUAGAAGCAAUAGAAGCAAUAGAAGCAAUAGAAGCAAUAGAAGCAAUAGAAGCAAUAGAAGCAAUAGAAGCAAUAGAAGCAAUAGAAGCAAUAGAAGCAAUAGAAGCAAUAGAAGCAAUAGAAGCAAUAGAAGCAAUAGAAGCAAUAGAAGCAAUAGAAGCAAUAGAAGCAAUAGAAGCAAUAGAAGCAAUAGAAGCAAUAGAAGCAAUAGAAGCAAUAGAAGCAAUAGAAGCAAUAGAAGCAAUAGAAGCAAUAGAAGCAAUAGAAGCAAUAGAAGCAAUAGAAGCAAUAGAAGCAAUAGAAGCAAUAGAAGCAAUAGAAGCAAUAGAAGCAAUAGAAGCAAUAGAAGCAAUAGAAGCAAUAGAAGCAAUAGAAGCAAUAGAAGCAUAA